AUGAGUGAGAAGGUAACAAUGAAAAAUAAAAAACUAACGCAAAAUGAGUGACCGAUUGGUACAAAGCUCAACAUAUUCUAACUCCCCAGAUUUUGAUUUUCUUGCCAUCCAAACACUCUCUCCCUAGGGUUUUGUAUAGAUUUCGCACGUUUCUUCUACUUUCCGGUGUCUAAGCUUUGUACUCUGAUUUUUUUUUCUUCGAGGCGGUUUAAAAGUAUGCCUGGUGAUUCAGAGCCCCAAGCCCCAUUUCUUUAGGGUUUCGCCGGAUUUUCAGUUCAUUCCUCCUUCAAUGAUCUCUCUGAUGAACAGCGAUGACGAAAUUGAUAGAAAAUCAGAUGCCAUUGAAGAACCUGAAGAUGUGAAAGGCGGGAGGAUCUCAGAAGGCUGCGUCGAUGGCGCUGAAGAUGAGAAGUAUUCAAAUUCAAGUUCCAACGAGGUUAGGGUAUCGGCAAUGGAGCUCGAUUCGGGAGCUGAAGAUUUUGGUUCCAGGGUUUCUGAUACUGGAGAAUUAGAUGGGAUUAGGGUUAAGGGAGAUGUCCGUAAGGAAAGUGACGAUGAAGAAAUGGAAUUGAAAAAUUCAGAGACUAAGGUGGAUAACUCGAGCGCCGAUGAACUCGAAGCUCGAAAUGAAGAAAGCGAGAGCGAGGAUAGCCGAAAGGAGCAUGCAGAUGAUGAUACACAUGGUGGGGCGGGAAAAGGUACAGUUUCUCAGUAUAAUUCUCUGUUGUCGGAGUUCGAUGAUUUUGUGGCUAAUGAGAAUAGUGGACAAUUAUCAACUUCGAGGGCACAGCGUUAUGGGUUUGAAGUUGGUGAUAUGGUUUGGGGGAAGGUGAAAUCACAUCCAUGGUGGCCGGGUCACAUAUUCAACGAAGCUUUUGCGACUUCUCAGGUGCGUCGAACCAGGAGGGAGGGUCAUAUAUUAGUGGCUUUCUUCGGUGAUAGUAGCUACGGGUGGUUCGACCCUGCUGAGCUUAUUCCUUUCGAUUCGAAUUUCGCAGAGAAAUCACGGCAAUUGACUUCCAGGAGCUUUAUCAAGGCCGUGGAGGAAGCAGUGGAUGAGGUAUGUCGGAGGCGUGGUCUUGCUUUGGCUUGUAAAUGUAGAAAUCCAAAUAACUUUCGUGCAACAAAUGUUCAAGGCUAUUUCGCUGUUGAUGUGCCUGAUUAUGAGCCGCGUGCUGUUUAUUCAGCGAUUCAAAUCAGAAAGGCUAGAGAUAAUUGCAGGCCAUCUGAAAUCCUCUCCUUCGUUAAGCAGUUGGCGUUAUCACCUAGCGAUGGUGAUGAGAAGAAUCUGAGUUUUGUGAAGAAUAAGGCCACUGUUUUUUCUUUUCGUAGGGCAGUAUUUGAGGAAUUUGACGAGACCUAUGCUCAGGCGUUUAAUGUGCAGUCCGGACGUUCUUCUCGUGAACCACCAGCUGUUUUGCAGUCUCGAGCUCCUUUGAGUGGUCCAAUGGUGAUUGCAGAAACUCUCGGUGGCGGUACCAGUGCCACAAAACAUAAUAAAGUUAAGGACAGUUCCAAAAAGGACAGGUACUUGUUCAAGCGUAGAGAUGAAUCUGGUAACAUAAAAGGCCAGAAAACGAGCCACGGGCAAGCAAGUUCCUCAGCCCAAUCAGCUUAUGUGGAGGGAUCAGUAGCAGUUGGAGAUGCGGAUUAUGUGUUACAGAAGAGAGCUUCACCUGUUUCUUCAAAGUCUCAGAUUCCAGAAAAACAUGUACAGACUGGGUCUGUUAGCUUGCCCGGUGCAGAUUCUAGUUCAAAUGCUAGUGAAUCGGUAAUUGUAGAUCAAGCACCAGCUAGGAGUUCUCUUGCCAGCGAAGAUGUCAUUGAGGAUGAAAAGCCAUCCCUUGAUAAAGUGAAAGAAGAAGUGAAAGAGGCUUCAAGAUCAGUGUCUGAUAAAGUAGAGAUUACCAAAACCACUGCCUCCGUCGAUUUGUCAGGAAAUGGGACCGUGCCAUGUAUGAUAGAUGAUACAUCACAAUCCUUUAAGGAUGAUAAUGAGGGCUUGGCUGAGUUUAAACGUGAGGAGAAUGUGAAAAUCUUAAAACCAGAUGAAGAUGUUCAACAAUCCCAGUUGAGUCUUACACCGAGAGUGGAAGGAAGCCAUGGAAUGGAAGUUCAGGAUGGUAGUAGUGUUGAAGGUCUAGCAAGUGAUGCAAAGCGUGUGAGUGGAAUGAGUGCUUCUGUUGGGGUGAAAAAGGCCAAAGUUAAACGUCCAUUGGAAGAAUCGAACUCUGAGAACUCAAUGACAGACGGAAAGAAAAAGAAAAAAAAGAAACAAUUAGGCUCAGAAACAGGAUUCAGGGACCCACAGAAGAAUUCGGUUUCCAAAAAAGGUUCCUCUGGAAAAAUAGGGGUAAAAUCAACCCAGAUUGGUUUGGCUGCAAAAGAGGAGUCGAAGGUUAAACAAUCUAAAAAGACUGUUAGUAACAAUUUAUCUGAUUCUGUUGGAAAUUCCCUACUGGUUGGCAACGUUGAACUUGAACUUCCAGAACUUUUGAGCGAUUUGCAUGCUCUUGCUCUUGAUCCUUUUCAUGGUACGGAAAGAAACAGCCCUGCAAUUGUAAGGAAGUUCUUCCUGAGAUUCCGGUCCCUUGUUUACCAGAAAAGCUUAGUUCUUUCACCCCCAUCAGAGACUGAAUCUGUUGAAGUCCGUCUCUCUAAAUCUUCUGUUGCUGUUGGAGCUUCGGAUAAUAACUCCUCUGAGUACGUUAGAGAUCUGCCAUCCUCAAAACCAGCAAAACCCCCUUUCCGAUCUGAUGAUCCUACUAUAGCUGGACGCAAACGGGCUCCAUCAGAUCGUCAAGAGGAGAUUGCGGUAAAGAGGUCCAAGAAAAUUAACGACAUUAAAUCCUUGGCAGCGGAGAAGAAGGCCACCCCAAAAUCUUCAGAAGUGCUACGUGGGGAGGGAAAAGAAUCAGCGGUUCCCCUUGUCCGAAGAAACAAGCCAGAUUCUGCAAAAAGAUUUGAACCUCCUGCGAAGGUUGUCCAACCCACUACGCUGGUGAUGAAGUUCCCUCCAAAAACAUCUCUCCCUUCCCAAGCAGAACUCAAGGCAAGAUUUGCACGUUUUGGGCCGAUGGAUCAGGCAAAUCUAAGGGUAUUCUGGAAAUCUGCCACGUGCCGAGUUGUAUUCCUUUACAAAUCCGAUGCUCAAGCAGCUUAUAAAUAUGCCAUAUCAAACAACUCUCUAUUUGGAAACAUCAGUGUGAGGUUUUACGUAAAGGAAGCCGAAACUCCAGGACCGGAAGCUCCUGAAUUGGGGAAGAACCAAGGUGAUGAUGCUUACAGUGAUACCCCACGAGCCGCCAAGGAUCCUGCUGUCUUACAACGACCAGCGGUGCCACAACUGCAGCCGCAGCCUUCUAUCCAGCUCAAGUCCUGUUUGAAGAAGCCGACCGGUGAUGAGUCAGGGCAGUUAACCGGAACUAGUGGUGGCAACAAGGGUGCCACCCCACGUGUUAAAUUUGCUUUGGCUGGUGAAGAGAGUACGAGUAGGGUAGCUGACCAAUCGGCAGCAGCCAGUAAUAGAAAUAUCUCCAACAACAAUGCUAGUUUUGCUGAUAAUGGUACACCUGCUUCUACUGUUACAAUGGAUUUUAGUGUAAGAAACUUUCAAAAGGUCGUUCCUUCUCCAUCUACCUCAUCUAUUCUCCCACUUCCCCCUCAAUUUGCAAAAGCUCCACUUAAUAAUUUACGUCAUACUGAAAUUAUGGCACCCAGAAACACUCCUAUUGCACCACCACAACCACAACUACAACCACCACCACACCCGCCCCCUGCCAUUGACAUUUCUCAACAGAUGUUAAACCUCUUGACGAGGUGUAACGAUGUCGUGACCAAUGUCACGAGCUUACUGGGCUAUGUGCCUUACCAUCCUCUUUGAUUAAAAUCAGUUAAAAUGGAAAGGAAUUUGCCCAAAACACAAACCCAAGUAAAGUUCCAAGAUUUGGACAAGUUGAGAUGAGUCAAAUGAUAUGGGAGAAGAGAGAUUGCUUUCGCAGUGAAAAGCAUCAUGGUGACUCGUGAUUGUGCCCCACAUUUGUUUGAACGAAAAAAGAAAAAAUGGGGUGAAGAGCUGUUUGAGAAUCAAUGUUUAGAGGAGCCAAUUUUUUUUAGGAUUUCAGGCUCAAAAAAUGAUGUUUAAAAGUAGAUGAUUCACAUGUAAUUUGAUGUAAUAGUGGCAUAGUGAUGAUGCAUGUAUCUGCUUUCUUUUGUUUCAUAUUUUUGGUUUAUUGACAAACUGA